AUGAGAUCUUACCUCGGGGAAAUCCCAUCUCUCAGCCCUCAGCCCUCCUGUGGACCCGAAUGCAGGGACUUGACUGGUCCUGAGCGCGCGAGUCGACAGAGGCCCGGUUGUUUCACCAUGCCCGGGCCCUUGACCCCAUCCGGCCAGGCUCGGCUCCGCUGUUGGGUCUCCCUUUUUAACCUGCAACCUGCCUUACGCGUCCUCCCAAGAAAAAAAACUUCCCUGGAGCUCAUUUCCCCUUCCCCUCCUCCCUCCCCAUUCGCUCGUCUGCGCCCUAUCAAUGGAGACUGCUUGGGUUCUUUUGGAUCGGCCGAAGCAGAAGGUGGUAUUCUGCGAGAAACGGAAGGGCUCCUCCCCCCCCCCCCCCCCUUCUUCCGCCUGUCACCUUUCGGCCUCUCUAGGGCGUUGGGUCUUCCGGGAAUGGCUGAAUGGCUGCCUCCAGCUGAUAGUCGGAAAUCCCGGACGCCUGUGCGGUCUACUCCAACCAUGAUAAUCUCCCCUCCACGCGAUCUUUCCACGCGAGCCGUUCCGGGGCAAACCCGUGGCCACCCAGAAGCACCCAAAAAAGCCGCCAAAAGCGUUUUGUGUUCUGAAAAGGGGGCGUGGUCCCGCUGGAUGUGGUACCCUUGGCUUGGGAUUUGCGCGCCCGAUGAAACGCCUGCGACUCCUUCAGGAAGAAACUCGUGGGACUGGGGCGCAGGUGCCGAUGCGGCCGAUGCGGACGAUGCUGACUCCGGCUUCUAUUCCUCAUCCCUCUGCCCUAAACUAUUCUUCCCUACCUAA